CCUAGCAGUAGCAGCUACAUACAUACAUACAUACAGGCUAUCAAUUGACGGGAGUGAUGCCUUGUUUCCUAAUUCAACACAACACAUGUGGUAAGGAAUUGAGAUUGUUGAUAUUGAAAAACCAAAAAAGCAAAAGAAAAAAAAAAGAAAUUAAUAAGAAAAGCGAAAAGCGAAAAAGAAAAAGAAAGUAGAUUAUGAAUGCGCCGAUCCGAGAAUCUUACCUGACUGUGUGUCUGUGUGUGGUGUGCCUCGUUAGGAGAGGGGGAGGGGGCCGAAGUGUAAUAAAUUAUCGACGCCCUUUUACUAGGACUGCCUCCCGUUUGUCGUACCAAGCUGAUGAUGGGACGGGAAGCGAGCGAUCUGCGCGUCUAUUGCAAAAGAAACGCGGACAGACUCGCAUAAAAAGGUCCGAGGCAACGCAGACAUACAUACAAUACAACGCAGACAUACAUACAAUACAACGCAGCAUACGCACCAAGCACCAAGCACAGCAUGAUAGCAAAGUGUCUGAUUCCACAAACAGUUUCUUAGCAUCCGUUCGUAUAUAUGCAUAUCCCAUGCAACCUCAAGUAGGGUAAGGUAUCUUUUUGUAACAGUGCGAAUACAGCAGUAAGAAGCAGGCGGUGAAAACUCUUGUCCUCCCAGACAGCCAUUGAUACUCCUACAAGGCGGCGUCGCCGCCAGCCCGUUCUCCUCUUUCACUGACAAUAUCACCCAAUAAUCCCGCA